GUUUCCGGAUCUGCUGCACGGAGGUUAUACAGUGUGCACCAUGGCGCUGAUGGUGCAGCUGCUGUGCAAACGGACGAGCGCCGUGUCCAGAGCGUUUAAUCGGAAAGUUUCCUGCGAAGCCUCUUUUUGCUGCAGGGUCAGCGCCAGGGAGCGCUGCCGCCCGAAUUUACUGGCAGCGAACCCGCUGUGCCCGACGAGAGCGUUCAGUAAAGAUCUUUGUCCAAUAUGGAAGUCUACCAGAUACUCCACACACAAUCUCCACUCCUUCAGUACAAUGCCUCCAUCACCACCUCGAAAGAAACCAGACAGUGGCACUAAUAAGGGUGGGCCUGUAACGUGGAAAUCUUUAGCAAUCACUUUUGCUGUAGGAGGAGCACUGUUGGUUGCCAUGAAGUACUUUAAGAAAGAAAAAGAAGAAAAGCUUGAGAAGGAGAGAACCCGAAGUAUUGGAAAGGCAGCACUCGGAGGACCGUUUUCACUCAUCAAUCAUACGGGGCAGCCCAAGACAGACAAAGAUUAUCUUGGCCAGUGGGUCUUGAUUUACUUUGGGUUCACACAUUGUCCGGACAUUUGUCCUGAAGAACUGGAGAAAAUGAUUGCCGUUGUGGAUGAAAUAGACAAAGUCCCCUCUUUGCCAAACCUGACACCACUUUUGAUCACAAUAGAUCCAGACCGAGAUAAUGUUGAGGCCAUGGCAAGAUAUGUCAAAGAAUUUUCUCCAAAGUUAAUUGGCUUAACAGGGUCACGAGAGCAAAUUGAACAGGUAUCAAGAGCCUACAGAGUCUAUUAUAGCCAAGGCCCUAAAGAUGACGACAAUGAUUAUAUUGUUGACCAUACAAUAAUCAUGUAUCUUAUUGGACCCAAUGGAGAGUUUCUGGAGUAUUAUGGUCAGAACAAGAAUAGUGCUGAGAUUUCUAGUUCUAUAGCUUCACACAUGAGAAGUUUCAAACACAAGUAAUAUGAAUACUUGAUUACACAUCAGAAAGAAAACUGGGGAAAUCAAGCUGACCGUUUCUGGGAAAUAAAGGAUGCAAUGUUUCAAAUAAAAUAAUAGUUCAAAGUU